AUGGCUCAAGUCGGUUCUAAUCCGCUACGGCACUCCGAUCUCUAUAACAGAGUGCAGGACUGGAUAACUGGAUCAGAUGCCGCGCACAAUAGCCACGAACCACGAGAUAAAAGCUCGUUACGCCACCCUCCUUCUUUUUACCUACAACCAGUGUCUUAUGCUUUCGACAAAGACCGUUACGAAGAAAUAAAGAAAAUGACCGCGGAACCUGAGAAUAUGCCAGCCAGUUUCGCUGAACAACAGCCAGGUUGGCUUGGAUGGGAGGAUCAUUUUGCUGAAAGAGGAGGUGCCACUGUGUGUUACCCUUCUGUGCGAAAACUACAGCAGGCUCGUGUGGGUCAGGUGGCUUCACUCGAGUCAACAGGAUCCCAACAGCCAGUUGCAUCGUCAACAGCGAAUAAUUUGACAACGUCUUCAAAAUCCGAAGAAAGGAGACGUCACGGAUAUGAGCGGCAGCCUCGACACAGAACUAAAACUGAGCGAUACGAGUACAAGGUUCAGGAUAAGAAGAUCAGCGAACGCCCUCGUUCGAAGAAGAGGACAUUCAACGACACCUUUCAUGCUCCCAACGUGCCCUGUGAUCGUCUGACUCUGAGCCAAAAACGUACAAGCGGGAUUUUCAAAAGAGGGAAGGCAUCAUCUCCUAUCAGAAACCGCAGCCGCGAUCCCUCGCUAGGUUUCUUUGGGUUCGAUACGAUCGUGAACACAGAUACCAUGAGAGCCAGCGCUGGCUCUGAUUUCUCUGAAAACGACUUCCUUACUAAAGGAAGUACCAACAAUGCUACCCAAAAUAGCUCGUUCUAUGGACAUCUCGAGGAGAAAUGUCAUUCAGUCUCAUUAGGGAGCAGGUAUAAGAGUGAUGUCUCGGACACCGCCUCUACAGUCGCCCUCUAUUGCUCACGAGAAUUACCCAAAGCAGACCACAUUGUCACCGAGUCCAUGGAGAUGAAUGCCACCUCAGAACUUGCUACAGAUAGUUACGUGUCUGCUUGUGGUAUCUCGUCAAGUAGAAAUUCCGAUGUGCACCUCGAAGAGCGACCAAACUCCCACUUGGAUAUUCAAUAUUUCAUUGAUGACACAAGCAUAGGUGAGGGCCAACACUGCUCCACUAGGCUUCAAGAUGGUGUCUCACAGAAGUACAAGCAUCCAUCUGAUGUCAUGAGGUCGAAUGAAGUCGCAGGAAAGCCUUCUGUUCAAGACAAAGCGGGUGGCCAGAACAGUAAGGAACGAGGAACAGACGAGGUUAUUGCUGCAGCUCGUGUGCACGAUAAUACAAUCAACCAGUCUGCCUUGCCCAAUGCCAGCAAGUGUCGGCAGCCAACCUUGGAGCCUCGCAGCAGAUCCGUAGCUGAUACUGAAGUAUUUGACUAUGAAGGAGUAAUGGGUGCCAAGGUCCGAGGAUCAACCACACAAAACUACAACCAACUCCUUUGGUCCCCAUAUCAUGGCGGCAGUAGAAAGAUGUCCUUGAUGUCCGAUGUCGGCAUUUGUGGCGAGAAUCCGCAGGGUCAUCAGAGUCAAAUUAGACAGAGCAUCGAGGAGCCAGACUAUGAGAGCGUGGACUUCACAGCUGUUCCUGAAGCCAAUGACUGCUGCUCAGAGGUGGCGAGUUUGAUUGACCUGGAGGAAUGGGAGACAGCAUCUAUCAUUGUUGAUAUGGAUACAGAGCUUGACACCCAGGUCUUGAGUAUGCCGACCUCGAGCGCAGCCAAUUGCAAUAACACACAAGAAAUCCAGGAACGACUGGAGGCCACACAGUUUGACACAAGUAUUCAGGGAAAAAAACCGCACCAUUUGUGGGAGGCAAGGCUUGAGAAACCUUCAACUGCCUUGUGUUCCACCGACAGCAUGCGAGACACCCCAUCAGUUGUCAAAGAAAGCCAGAUGAGGGGCGCAAGUCAGCUGUCAGUUCAUGAUGGAUCAAUAGAAUCAGAUGCCAGGGCCACCUACCGUCCGGGACCCUGGCUGGAGUCACUGUCACGACGAAGGGGUGGGGCCAUUGGAAUAGGAAUUGGCCGCUUGGACCCAACUGAUGGGCUUGGGACAUUUUGGCAGCAAAGAAUGGGUUACUGA